AUGCCGAAGGCCAUGGAGAAGUCCCAGAACUUCCGCAUCGACGCCCUGCUCGCCGAAGAAGAGCCCCGCGCCUGCCCGCAGAGCCCCCCUCCUCCUCCUCUUCCCGCCGCUGCCGCCUUCGUGCCCAAGCCGGGCUUGCUGAGCCUCUCCCCGCCGGGCCUCUACGCGCCCGCGCUCUUCCCGCUGCCGGCCUUGACGGGGCAGGCCCACCCGGCCCUCGCCUUCGCCGCUGCUUUCCCGCACCUCCCUCCGCCGCCCGUGGCCGAGCCCUUCAAGCUGGGCGCCUCCUUCCCGCUGGAGCAGUGGGUCCGAGCCGGGAUCCUGGCCCCGCGCUUCCCCGACUUCCACGCUGGCCCACAGUCUGGCCUGAUGGGCAAAUGUCGUCGCCCUCGGACCGCCUUCACCAGCCAGCAACUUCUGGAGCUGGAGAACCAGUUCAAGAUCAACAAGUACUUAUCACGGCCCAAGCGUUUUGAGGUGGCCACAUCACUGAUGCUUACCGAGACACAGGUGAAGAUCUGGUUUCAGAAUCGCAGAAUGAAAUGGAAGCGGAGUCGGAAGGCCAAGGAGCAGGUGAUGGGAGCUGAGGCUGAGAAACAGAGGGGAGUCAGCAAGGGCUCAGAGAAACUACUCCCUGGAGAAGUGCGAGGGCAAGAAAAUGAAGAAGGGGACAUUGAUGACGAAUGUACAAGGCAAAGGGCCAGCACACGCUUCCUGCACCACAAAGCCGAGACUUUCAGCUACAGUCCUGAUCUCUCAGAGUCGGAAGUGGAAGAAGAAAUGCAAAGCACCACUCACAGGGAGAGGAGCCAGCUGUUAUGA